AUCGACAUCAGUGGGUGGCUUGCAAGGAGCCUAUAAUAAUAAACGGGCAGAGAGAGGGUUGCAGUAUCAGCUGAGUGCCUUUGUCUGUUGUAGGGAAGCAGUGUUAUUUUUCUUGUCAGAUGUUAAUCGUUUGCAACAAUGCAGAUAGUUCGCUGUAAACAUUUAGGAAAUGUGUGCCUUUGAAACGUGUUAAUGCCAACGGCCAUUUUAUGUUAUAGUUAAAGAGAACCUUUUGUUGUUCAGUGGUAAUAUAAAGGAAGGGCUGGCGUGUGCAGGCUGUUCAGCAGGUUCCGAUUCAGUGCCAUUUUCAUAAUCAAGCGCACCCUCACGCACUCACUGUAUUCGGGGACUAGCGGCUUCUGCGGAUGCUUCUGAACGCCUGCGUACGACUGCCAACCGGGACCGGGACCUACCUCGCCUCCUGUACGUUUCCAAGACAUGAAAAUCAAGGAUGCCAAGAAGCCGUCUUUUCCAUGGUUUGGAAUGGACAUUGGUGGAACAUUAGUGAAGCUUGUCUACUUUGAGCCCAUUGAUAUUACAGCAGAGGAAGAACAAGAGGAAGUUGAAAGUCUGAAGAGUAUUCGCAAGUACCUAACUUCUAAUGUAGCUUAUGGCUCCACUGGUAUCCGUGACACCCAUCUGGAACUAAAAAACCUUUCCCUUCUGGAACGUCGUGGCAACCUUCACUUUAUUCGUUUUCCCACUCAUGACCUGCCCACUUUUAUCCAAAUGGGCCAUGACAAAAACUUUUCCACCUUGCAUACGGUGCUAUGUGCCACUGGAGGGGGAGCAUACAAGUUUGAGGAAGAAUUUAGAACGAUUGGAAACUUACAACUCCACAAACUGGAUGAACUUGACUGCCUAGUCAAAGGACUUCUCUACAUCGACUCUCCCAGUUUUAAUGGUCAGGCAGAAUGCUAUUACUUUGAGAAUGCACUGGAGCCAGAGAGGUGCCAGAAGAUGCCUUAUAAUCUGGAAGAUCCUUACCCUUUGCUGGUGGUUAACAUUGGCUCAGGUGUCAGCAUUUUAGCAGUAUACUCCAAAGACAACUAUAAACGAGUUUCUGGAACCAGUCUAGGUGGUGGAACAUUCUUAGGACUGUGUAGUUUGCUGACUGGAUGUGACAACUUUGAUGAAGCUCUUGAAAUGGCAUCAAGAGGUGAUAGCAGAAAUGCAGACAAGCUGGUUCAAGAUAUUUAUGGUGGUGACUAUGAGCGGUUUGAUUUGCCAGGAUGGGCUGUUGCAUCUAGCUUUGGGAACAUGAUCCAUAAAGAAAAGCGAGAAACUGUGAGUAAGGAGGACCUGGCAAGAGCUACCCUGGUUACCAUCACCAACAACAUUGGCUGGAUUGCAAAGAUGUGUGCUGUGAAUGAGAAAAUAAACAGAGUGGUGUUUGUUGGAAACUUUCUACGUGUGAACACUCUGUCUAUGAAGCUCCUCGCUUAUGCAUUGGAAUACUGGUCCCAAGGGCAACAGAAAGCAUUGUUCCUAGAGCAUGAGGGUUACUUUGGAGCUGUGGGAGCACUACUUGGUCUCUUAAAUUUUACCUAGAGCAUCAAUCAAGCCAAUUUUUUUUCCCUUUAGUGAGGUGGGGGUGGAAUUUUUUUCUUGAAUAGAAUGGAAACCAAAUCAUAGAGUAUUUUAAAAAAACCACCUUAUAAAGUGGAUUGGACAUUACAGUCCGAUACAUUCGUUUUACAUUCUUACUGUAAAAUAUAUAUUUUUUCAAGAAACAUGUUGGGUUUCAAUUUUGUCCAGUACAUAUUUUGUCCACAAACCCUCUGAUAUGCAUUGCUGUAUUUAUAAAGGGCAGAAUGCUUUAAGCACAGAGUUAAAAUGUACAAUAGAAAGAAUCAACAGUAAGACACCACAUCUUUUUGUGAAAACAAACCCUUUUCUCCUUUAACUUUCAAGAUAUUUGUGGUUUCACACUGGAUCACUGAUAACUUUUUUCCCUGCAAUCUUAGAUGAAGAACAAAUUUUAUAAUUAAAGUGUCAAUGUGAAAAAUUUUAGAAAUUUGACAAUAAACCAUUUAUAUUAUGUGCCUAAGAUGAAUAUAUCAUCCUUUAUAAUUGCGCAUUGGAGAAAUAUAGUUAUAUUAAUAAUUUAUCCAAUACUUCUCAAAAUUUUAAUAUGAAAACAUUCAGCUUUUUGAAAUAUUGUAUUAAGCAUAUUUUAGUUACCAAAAGAGCUUGUUUUAGAAAACAAAUGCUGCUUAUCAUUUGAUCUAGUGCCUUGAUUAAUACAAUGUGAAUAACAGUUACUCACUUUUUGUACAUGGUGCUACAAAUCCAGUUUGAUAGCCUUGUGUGAAUUUUAAAACUUGGUAAAGUAUUGAGUUUACACUAUUCUAAUACAGUGGAGUUAAACAUUUAAACUUAAUAAAUAAUAAAAUAUGCUUAUUGCUUGCCUUCCUAAAUACCACUUACAGUACAGUCAGAAGUCUUCUUUUUAAAGUACAGGUGAUGAAAUCUCUCUGGAAAGGAAGAAUUUAAAUGGCACAAUACAAUGUUUUUUCUAAGUUGUUAUAUUCAACAUAAGAAGCAUUUAAUAAUCAGUUUAAAAACAGGAGAGUUUAACAGAGGGAAGCAGUCAGUGCUAGUUUCAGUAACUGCUAUAUAGAGAGAGUAUUCAUCAGAUGCAUUGGAAUUUAUUCAACUGUUGUACAAUAUGUUAGUACAAGAAGUUACAGUUGAUUAACAAAGACUUUAAUUUCUCAACCAAAUGCUUUGCACAAUUUUUUUAUUACUCUGCUUGUAGGGCAUACAUCUUCAAGUCUUUUUCUCAGUUACUUGUUUUCUGGGCUUUUUCUUAAAUUUAUAGAACCUAAGCUUUAAAAUAUACAGUAAUGUGUAUUAUUGUCUGUUUUAAGUGCUGUAAAGAAAUACUUCAAAACCUCUGCUGUGAAGAGAGACUAUAGUCUUUGCCAGUAUAUCCAGUUUCUGACAACGUGAACUGAAAAACAUUGCUUGAGGUUCUGUGGACAAAGUCUGUAUAAUUGUUGAUAAAUAAUUUAGUAGUUUUGCCUGUUUUCUGGCAAAGGAAUUAAUUGUAUGUUUUACAUUCUUAUAUUUAAAUAAUAUACAUCUACUUGAAUCUUGAAUUAGAGCCUGGACCACAUUUGCAUUAACAACUUUUCUACAGUCAUCACACUGGGUUUAAUGUUAUUUCACUAAUUGUUAUUUAAGUCUAUACAUUUUUUGCAGUUAAUAAUUAUAGUAUGGAAGUUUAAAUGCCUAUAAACACUUUUCUGGGCCAUUCGUAUUUUUUUUUUUGCCUACCUGCAAAGGAAUGAAUUCUAGACAUCUCAACAAUUCAAUUCCCUUUGUAUUGUGACACAAAUGCUAUGAGCAUCUUCUGUGAUGCUGGCCCUGACUGUCUGCUUUUCUUCUAACUUACAUCCGAAUGAAGUGAAGUGUCUAGAUUGCACUUUUGGACUAGCAAAGCUCUGAUGGCGUUAUCAUUUGUGCAGUUCAUGAUUACAAACUGCUUCAUAAAGAAUCUUCAGAAGGACAUCCUUAUGUCAUUGUCUUUUCUAGGUAUUUGAGGAUUUCUUUAACGUCUUAUUUAAAUGUCUCUGCAGAUUUAUUUGUAUUACCUUUUUGUCAGCCAUGCUUGAUACUGAUUCUGAAUUUUUUUUUUUACUCCCUCUGUAUCUAUGUGUAUCAUGUAUAAAUGCUCCCAUUUCUUUUGCCUUUUCUGUUCUGGAGUUUAGAUAUGGCAAUGUAAAGAUUUUAUUAUUUAUUUUAAAGAUUUUUAUUUGUACCGUUUCACACUUGUGGCAGAGUUUUAACUUACUUUCUUUGUAGUAAGUGUUUUACGUUUAAUCCAUUGCUGUUACUGUCUAGAUGAUUUAACAUAUGAGGCUGAUGCUACUUUUAUGAUAUUUUUGGCAAUGGGACACAGGGUUGAGUUGAUUACUAACCAUACAUCAAAGUAUGACUAAGUGUUAAAAUGGCAUUCUUCUCAGCCCUAGUUUUUUAAGAGAGUUACUGUUUGUACCAGCUAAACAAUCUAUAAAGAUGCCAAUGUUGUUAUUCGCCUUAGAAUUUUUAAACUUUCUUGCUAACGUAUUUGAGCUGCGUAUUUGCAGCUGCUCCUGUUUUGAAGAAAGUGUACCAAGAGCAGUAUAAAAAAACAGAAACGCUGAUUUCUACACGGUUAUCAUUUUAAAGUGCAAUCUAAAUCUCACCUAAUGUGAAUUGUCCUCAUUGUUGCAAAUUUUCAUUCAGUAAUUUAUUAAGCUUACUAUGUGCCCUUUAGUUUGAAUACAGCAGGACCACUUCUUGUGCUGAGUGUUUAUAUAUUUAAAAAAAAAACAAAUAAUAGCCUCAUUAUUCUUAAAAUAAUCCCCGGUCAACUUUGAUUAGUUUUAUUGCUGAUUAUUAUUAUUAUAAGCAAAAGUAAAUAUAUGCAUGCAUAAUAACAGACAGUAAGAUGAACAAAAUCUAGAUUAAGGAAUCCUUAACUGCUAUCUGACAUUCACCCCACCCUGAUGACUGCACCAGAGUGUGAGCCAAACUGAAGGACAACAAAGAAUGGAAAGGCUUAAAUAUACUAACUGAAAAACUUAAAAAUUAUACUCUUUUUUUGGUUUAAGAAUCACUAACCCCAGUGGAUUCUUUUUUUUUUUUUUUUUUUUUUUUUUUAAUAAUGUAUUAAUCUUUAUUUUAAACCUCCAGUGCUGAUUACCACAGCCUCAAUUUCUUUCUAUUAGUUGUCUCCUUCAGUUUCAGCUGAAUGAGAUUACAAAGGUAAAUGUACUAGUGUUGUCACAAGGCCACCCAUUCAAGGAGAUUCGGUCUUCACACCAGAAGUAUCUUUGCUGCAGUAUUAUUCAGGGGAUUUAUUUUGAAAAGAGAUUAAAGAGUAAAGUAGAAGUAUCUAGUAUAAACUCAAAACACCACAGGAAAAUGGAAACAAAGACAAAAUGACUAACUAUAUAGAUAUAAAUAGUAGAGCAACUCCAUUAUAUGCAAGCAUUAACAAAAACUAAGUCAAAAUUGGCUAACCAUGUUUUGCUAAACGCUAAAUAAUAAGAGGAAACUAAUCCCUAACCAGUGUUAAAUGCAGACUGAGAAAUUGAUGAGAUGAUUACACACAGCUUCAUAAAAUAUGACACAACAUUCUCAAACCUGCUUAAUCAACUUCAGGAUCACAAAGAGCAGUUUUACAAAAAGAAAAUGUGGGAAAAUAUGGUAAAGUGCGCAAUUGUCUUGUCACAAGUGCCAUCUAGAGAUGCAGUAUACCCUUUGUAGAUGAAAAGUUUGAUAAGGCUGCUUGGCUAAUGAAGAUGCCAAAUUGUUGAAGAUGUGGAAUAGGGCUGCCAUUGUACACUAUCCAGUAAAUGUUAUGUACACAAAAUAUACAAAUUUUAAGUGGGACCAGUUUUGAUAUUAAAAUAUAAGAUGGUACGAUUGUACUCCUGUAUACAUAAUAUCACUGUAGCUUUUUUGUUUGAUAAAGUUCAUUUUCUGUUUAUUUAUAUGUAUUUGUUCUCCUUUCAGGAAUUUCUAGCACUUUUUGUUUGAUCAAUACAUGGUCUCUAUAUUUUAAUAGUAGCCUAGCACAAUCAUGUCUGCUUUCUGUCAAAUUGCUGUAUGAUUCUUGUGCUUUGUAAGAAUGUUUUAUUACAAUUUCCUGAUCCUUUUUUAGUCAGUAUAGCCCCAUGAGUCAUUCUAAUAAAAAGGAUACCGAUCCAGUUUACUUUUCUUGUGAUCAUAUGAGGUUUCAGGAAUCAAUGGCACAUCUUUUGAAAUAAAUAUGGUGUUUUGGUGCAUUUUCCCUUAGCUUGUAAGCCUUUGACAUCAGCUUUUAAUUUACUCUCUUGCCCAAAUUUAUUUCAGCAUCCUUGUAUGUCUGUAAUGCUCUUUUGGCUGGGUUAAUGUGAUGAGAUUUAAAUCCUCGAAAUUCUGCCUUACUUGGGCAGUCUAUGGUAAGGUCUCUGGAAUCAUGACUGUCAGCUUUGUUUAAUAAACACCUGCAACUUAGUAAAUCUGUGUCCCACUUCCCCAGUCUUAUUUAUGUCAUCCUUUAAGGAGACCUAUAAAUUUUCUUGCCUAAAUCAAAGUGUCUUAUUCCAUAUAUAACACUUAUCUUGAAGUGCAUUUAUCUAUUAGUAAUGUAAAAUAAACAUUUUUGGCAACAUUCUGUCCUUCAAAUGGAUACUGUGAUCUUUGCCUAUUAUUUCAGUACAUCAUGAGAAAAUUCCGUUUCAUUCAUCUGAAGUAUUUACUGUUUUAUUGUACUGAGUACAGAAAAUUACACAUGGUUACUGUGUUUAAAUUAAAGGCCUAAAAAUACACUAUUCCUCAAUAGACAUUUAACAUUCCAGUUUUCAUUUCUUUCAGUUAUCACUGUUCACUCUCCCAGAUUUUAUUUUUAUCAACUGUUAAGUUCUUGAAAUUCUUUGCUUUUCUGCUGUUUGACCCUAUACAUGAGAAAAAAUGUAUUCAAGUUGUUCACUAUUUAAUUGUACAGGCUAAAUAAAUAACAAUACAAUAGUAAAUGAACAGAUUAUCACUGUAUCUGCCUAAUAAUGUACAGGUUGGUUUUGAUCAAUAAUUAUGAAUACCUAACUACACACCUAUAUGUCAAAGUCAGAAGCUGAAACUGCUGCCCAUGUUGGAGUUGUAUCAGUGGCACAAAGGCACCCCUGACUUAAAAAUGAGCUUACUUUUUUUAAAAAAAACUUUUGCAUCAUGAAGGUCUGAUCAAAUGAAACAAAAUGGCAGUCUUCAUUUAUUGGUGUUGCUAUGUACAACUUUGAAUGCACUUAUGUUAUUAAAUACUUCAGCACUGAAGAUAUAUCCAGAUUUUAGGCAUUGACUUGUGUAGUGCUCUAAUCAAAGACAACUGUUCAUUUUUUUUUUUUUUUUUGUUGGGGAGUCUAAGAUUCUAAAAAGCCUGUAUUUGUCUUGUUCAUGGAUUUUCUCAAGUUAAGAAUAUUGUGAUAUUUGGCUAAAGUUCCUUCAGCUGACCUAUUUUAUUCACAAUUUGAGCAAAAAUGUUUUAGUGGAAAUGUGCUUGAGACAGCUGCUCUCAAGUCAGAGCUGUGAAACUAGAGCUGGCUUAUUACCAUUCACGUCACAAGGUUUACAAGUUAUGUUUUGCUUUCCAGUGUUCUAUUUCUUAGUUUAAACAAAUCAGAUCUGUCAGAUUUUACCUUUUUCACAUUUCUAGAUUUUUGUUUAAACCAGUGUUUCCCAAACUCGGUCCUGGGGAACCCCUGUGGCUGCAGGUUUUUGUUCCAACCAGCUUCUGUUUUUAAUUGAACUCCUGGUCUAAUUAAGUGAAUUGAUAUUUCCCAAGUUCUGUGUUUAGGGAACAAUAUAGAAAAUAGAAAACUAAGUUUGCUAUAAAAAAAAAAAAUUUAAAUGUACCAAGCAGUUAUAUAGGAAUAAUGUAUUUUUUUUUCUUUUUAACAGUAUUUUCAUCUUGAUUUUCAUUCUACUUUUCUAGGUCUUCUAAUUGUUUAAUUAAUCCAAUAUUUACUAAUUAGUGGGGCUGACGCUAAAGCAGUUGCAGCCUUUGAUUAUUCAGUGUCGUUUGCCUGCUUGUAUGCUCUGCUCGUUUUAAAUUGUCAUUAUUAAGAUACAACGAAGGGGGAAAACAUCACAGAAAAAGUGCAAAAUAUAAUGAAAUCAAAAGAGAAUUAAGCAUUUAAAUAUAUAGAAAAAGCAGAAAUAUUUCUAAAUGUCUUAUAAAUGUAAAAAUCACGCUGCUAUGCUUUUCUGAAUGUCGAAUAAAAGAAGAAAAAAUAUACCAGCUAAUUAAAUGAGAUCAGUGCUAUCAGGUGUUGUCACUAAUUGGGAAUCUGGAACAAAAACCUGCAGCCACAGGGGUUCCCCAGGACCGAGUUUGGGAAACACUGGUUUAAACCUUCUAUGUAAAUCAAAUGCAGAUUACAUCAACCUGACAAAGUACUCCUUCAGGAAUUUUUUUUUUCUUACUUAAAAAAACUUAAAAAUCCCAAACCACAAUGCGAGAAGAAAAUAUACAAUAUUCAUUUUUCAAGUCACACAGGUUUGACUUAUGUAAACAAGUGCCCUCUGGAGGUUCUGAAUUCUGCAUCUUUAUGCUUUCAUGGUGUCUUGCAGAGUUUUGGUUUGUGUAUAUUAAAAUGUUUACUUGGCUUUACUUUAAAAAAAGUAUGUUUCAUGUAUAAAUUUAUGCAUCUCCUAAAAUGACUUAAGUGUCAAAUUAAUAAACAGCUGUGGCACAUUUGUUUUCAUCAUGUAGCUUUUGCUAUGCAAUUCUCCCUUAACUGAUGGAUUAUUGAUUAUGAAGUUAUAUUAUUCACAUGGUAAGCACUUUGAGUCCUAAGGUAUGCAAUCUUGGUGACAAAUAAUGUUAGGGGAAUUUUAUACAACAAUAUAUUUAAAGUGAUUACUUAGGAGAAACACAUCUUGGUAUAACCUGAUGAACUGUUUGCGUAUAGGAACUCUCAUUACUUUAUUGCUUUUUUGUUUUAAUUCGUUAUUUUUCAGAUGCAAUAUCUGCUUAUAAUUCAACAUAUGGCAUGUUUUUAAUAAUCAAUGACAUACUAAAUAAACAUUAGUAGAACAUUAAGAGCUGAUGUUAAAAUAGAACAAAAAUUUACUUAAUUAUGUUAGCUACUACAGAUUUGAAACUGGGGAGGGAAAUGGUCCCUACUGAACUACUGUGUUACUGCAUUUUUUAAAUUUCUGUUUGUAUCUUGCUGUUAAAUUAGUCAUUUCUUGUUCUGAAUAAUAGAGCCAUUUUGUAAUGUUUGGAGGUCUGCAUGGUGCAUCAUUAUCUUGUAACAUGUAUGACUUUAAUGUCAGCUAAACAAAAUGUAGUUUCAAUUUUGUUUUCUGUUCAUUUUGUUUCAUGGUCUCUGAAGCUGUGUAUUCGUGUCUGUCAGUACUUUAGAUCACAGAUGCAUUGAUUGUACUUAUUCUAAAGCUUGAAAAAUAAUUGCUUAAAUAGAACUAUAAAA